AUGAGGUCUGAAGAGCCCAAGCCCGUCACAAUAAAUGUAACUGGAUUUAAGAAAUUUCGAGUUGUCUCCAAAAAUCCCACAGAGACCAUUGUUAAUAAUCUGAAAAGUUUUGUCGAGAAGAAAGGGCUACCGCCUGGAGUGAUUCUUGGGACCUGCGCCGUACUAGAGGCUGCAGGUGAUGGUGCGCUUCCCAUGCUUCUCGAAGUUAUGGAAUCUGGCAUCUCGAGUAAUGGUGUGACAUGCGACGCACAAGUUGUGUGGCUUCACUUGGGUGUCGUUGGUAGUGCUGUCAAGUUUGCCAUUGAGCGGCAGGCGGUUAAUGAAGCCACUUUUCGUUGUCCAGACGAGCUUGGAUGGCAACCUCAGCAACUUCCAAUAGUUCCUGAAGAUGGCGAAAUUUCUCGAGCAAGACAGACUUCCUUCUCAACGGAAGCAAUCCUUGAGUUCUUGACGAAGAAGGGCUACGACGUGACCCUAUCGGACAAUGCUGGCCGUUUCGUCUGCAAUUACGUCUACUAUCACUCUCUUCGGCUCGCGGAACAUAGGGGUAGCAGAUCUCUCUUUGUGCACGUUCCUCCCUUCUCAAGAAUCGAUGAGGACACUCAAAUGAAUUUCGUAGCCUCCCUCUUGGAAGCUAUUGCAUCGUCGUGUUGA